AUGGCUACUGGCAGUAGGCUUAAAACCCUUGCAAUUCUACUUCUGCUUAGCAUUAGUACUUGCCUUUCUUGUGCGAGGUCUUUGCCACCAGACAAUAGUCAAGUGGGAGGGGAUGGUGGAAGUAGUGGAGGAGAUGGUGGAGAAAAGAGCAGUGGUGACAAUAGCAGCACUGGUGUUGGUGGUGAUGGUAGCAGUGGAGGAGGAGUUGAUGGAGGCAAUGGCAAAGAUGGUGGCAACGGAGUAGUUGGUGGAGGCGGUGGCAACGGUGGUGAUGAUGGUGGCAAUGGAGGAAUUUCAGAGAACAACAGCAAUGAUAAUGGCAGAGAAGGAAAUGGUGAUCAACCAAUCGGAGAUCAACCUGGCAGUUAUCAACCCAUCGGAGAUCAACCCGGGGGUGAUCAACCCAUCGGAUAUCAACCCGGGGCCCAUCGGAGGUGGUGA